CUAAGGUCGCUGAGGAAGCUAAGGUUGCUGCUGAUGCUAAGGUUGCUGCUGAUGCUAAGGCUACUGCCGAUGCUAAGACUGCUGCUGAUGCCAAGACUGCUGCUGAUGCUAAGGUUGCUGCUGAUGCUAAGACUGCUGCUGAUGCCAAGGUUGCUGAAGAUGCUAAAUCUGCCGCUACUGAAGCCAAGGCCGAAGAUAAGCCUGCCGAAGAGGAACGUAUUGCUGCUAUUACUGCUGAUAAAGCUGCCAGAGGUGUUGCACCCGGUCGUCUUGAUAUGUCCGCUAUUCCUGCACACGUUUUCAAUGAUUCACCUGUUUCUACCCCUAUUGCACCUCCCAAGGUCAAGGGUCCUCCUAUGAAGGUCAUUGAAGAUUUCAGCUCAAUUGAUUAUCCUCCUGAGUUUUUAGCUCCCAAGGCCAGAGACCCUACUACCGGCAAGAUUUCAUACGAUUCUGCUUUCUUGAUGCAAUUCCAACAGCUUUGUCUUGAUACCGAUGAGGAUUUAACCGCUUUCCAAACCAUUGGUGAGGAUUCCCAAGGUGGCAAUGAUAACCGUCGUGGAUCUAACCGUCGUCAAACUUCCGAACGUGGUCGUGGACCUCGUACACCUGGUGGAUCUGGUGAUAAUAUGUUUAGAAAUGGAUCUCGUGAUGGACGUGGAGAGAUGGGUAAAUUCAGCGGUGGUCGUCCUCUUGGUAACCGUCAAGGUAGCAAUGGACCCAACUCACCUGGUAUGGAACGUCAAGGUUCUCAAGGUGGUAGAAACCGUAGUGGUCGUGGUGGUAAGGGUGGUCGUCCUCCUAGAGAACAAAUUGGUGCACCCACUAUUCCCCUUGAUCAAGUUGUACCUUUAGAAAAGAGUGAGAACCGUUGGGUUCCUACUGUUGUUGCCAACGAAGGUGAAGUUGUUGAUGCACAAAAGGCUGCUGAUGCCCUUGUUUCUCAAGAAAUGAUUAUCCGUAAGAUCAAGUCUCUUCUUAACAAGUUGACUCUCGAAAGAUUCGAUUCUAUCUCUGAUCAAAUUUGGGAAUACGCAAAGCAAUCCGAAAAGGAAGAAAAUGGUCAAUCUUUAAGAACUGUCAUUCAACUUAUUUUCGACAAGGCUUGUGACGAAGCUUCUUUUGCUAGCAUGUGGGCUCAAUUGUGUAAAAAGAUGUACGAUCUCAUGUCUCAAAACGACAAGAUUAGAGAUGUCAAUAUUCUCGAUCCCAAGACAAAGGAACCUGUUCAUGGUGGACCUCUUUACCGUAAAUAUCUUCUUAACCGUUGUCAACAAGAGUUUGAAAAGGGUUGGAAGACUGGUCUUCCCAAGAUUGAUGAAGAUGCACCUGGAGAAGUGAUGAUGACUGAAGAAUAUUAUGCUGCUGUCAAGGCCAAGCGUCAAGGUCUUGGUCUUGUCCAAUUCAUUGGUGAACUUUUCAAACGUCAAAUGCUUACCGAUCGUGUCAUGAUUGAAUGUUUGAUUAAGCUUUGUACCGAUACCACACACCCUGAGGACGAAGAGGUUGAGACCAUGUGUAAGUUAUUAACUACCAUGGGUAAGGUCUUUGAUACCAGUAGCAGAAAGAACAAGGAAUGGCUCGAUACCUACUUUGAUAGAAUGCAAGAAAUGUACAAGUCUGAAACUUUAAGUUCCAGAGUCAAGUUCAUGAUCUUGGAUGUCUUUGAUCUUCGUAAGAGUAAGUGGACUUUAAAGCGUGGUAACCAACCUGCUCCCGCCACCAUUGCCCAAAUUCACGAACAAGCCAAGAAGGCCAGUGAAGAAAAGGAAAAGGAAAACAUGAAGCGUUCCGGUAGCUCUCGUGGUAACUCAUCUCAUCCUGUCUCUCGUCAAGGUUCCCAUCGUGGCGGUGGACGUGAUAUGCAACGUCAAGGUUCUCAACACAACAACAAUGCUAACCAAAACUAUAACCAAAACAAUGGACCUGCUCCCGUCUCCGAUGGUUGGAACACUGUUCCUGGUAGUCCUACUGCUGCUCCUCGUGCCAGUGGUCGUCCUAAUGAACUCAAUAACUUGGGUAAGGCUGAACGUUCCAAGUCCAGAGGUGGUAACAUUCUUGGUCCUUCCACUAGUCCUUUCAACACUUUGGCUCGUACCAACUCUAAGGCUGCUACUGAAAAGAAGGGUACUACACCUACUGAAGCUCGUAGUGCCAGUCCUGCUACUCACAUGAAUAUGUUCAGUGCUUUAGGUGGUGAUGGACAUGAAGAGGAGCCCACUGGUGAAAGAAAGAAGUUACAAUUAUUACCUCGUGGUGGUGCUGAAAACGCACCUGCAUCUUCUGAAGAGGAGAAGACUGAAGAAAAGCCCAAGAUGAGUGAUGAUGUUGUUGCUCGUAAAUCUAAGAGUACCAUUGAAGAAUAUUUCAGUCUUCGUGACAAGAAGGAAUUAGUUGAAUGCGUCAAGGAAUUAGAUCACACCGACUACCAUGUCAUUUUUGCAGGCAAGUUAUUAGAUUUUGUUGAGAAGAAGACCGAAGAUGUUCAAGUUGUUUGUGACAUCAUUGCCGAACUUUACAAGGAAAACUUACUUACAAAGGAAGAGUUUGUCUUGGCCUUCAAGAAGUUCUGGGAAGGUUAUGAAGAUUUAGUUAUUGAUGUACCUCAAGCACCCAAGCAUGUUGAUAUGCUUCUUGCUGCCACGGGUAUUGAACGUUCAGAAGUUGAAUGUGAAGCCCAAGAUUUUUAAAUACUAUAUAUACAACCAAUUAACUAAAAUUUCAUAAAAAUUAACUGUAAUAUUUCCCCAUCCCACACCUUUUUCCCAUCCUCCCACUUUCCUCCCUUUCCUCCCCUUACCAAAAUACAAUUCACUAUUUCCUAUUUUUGUUCUUUUAUUCACCCCUCCAUAUCAUACAUAUAUAUAUAUUUUUUUUUUUUUUUUUUAUGUUUUAUUAGGCCUGCCCCGGUUGACCCGGCUUCUUCAGGGCAA